UCAGCAGCAGAGGACUGGCCCAUUUCCUCAACAGUUAAUUCCUUUCCCUCUGAGCUGCUGUCUUUAGUUGACUCUCACUCAGCAGAGGAACAUGUCGAUGCCAAUUGCCUUCUACAUUUGCCUGACCUUGAUUUUGUUCAUAUUCUCUGGAACAGAUGGAUAUUUUCAUCAUCGGUUGGUACAGUGUCGAUACUCCUCAAAGGACCUGCAUGGUAUAGAGUUUAUAGACUCUUAUGUUUUCAAUAAGGCUGAAUAUAUCAGAUUCAACAGCACUGUGGGGAGGUAUGUUGGAUACACUGAGCUGGGUGUGAAGAAUGCAGAAGCAUGGAACAAAGGUCCUCAGCUGGGUCAAGAGCAGGCGGAGCUGGAGCGUUUCUGUAAGCCUAACGCUGCUCUCCACUACAGAGCCAUACUGGACAAGACAGUUGAGCCCCAUGUCAGACUGAGCUCAGUGACUCCCCCCAGUGGCAGACACCCUGCCAUGCUGAUGUGCAGCGCCUAUGACUUCUACCCUAAACAAAUCAGAGUGACCUGGCUGAGGGACGGACGUGAGGUGAAAUCUGAUGUGACCUCCACUGAGGAGCUGGCUAACGGGGACUGGUACUACCAGAUCCACUCCCACCUGGAGUACACACCCAAGUCUGGAGAGAAGAUCUCCUGUAUGGUGGAACACAUCAGCCUCACUGAGCCCAUGAUGUAUCACUGGGACCCGUCCCUGCCUGAGGCUGAGAGGAAUAAGAUAGCCAUCGGUGCAUCUGGUCUGGUGCUGGGAACCAUCUUAGCAUUAGCAGGACUGAUCUACUACAAGAAGAAGUCUUCUGGGGUGCUCUAGUAGCAACAAGGUGAGACUCUAUUCUGCUGAAAGACCAGUUACAAUGGCUCAUGUUAAAUAUGUCAUUAUAGGCAUUUGUCUCACUUCGAAUACCUGCUUACUACAUUUUCACAUUUGAAGGUACAUUGGUGUAUCUGCUGCAUAAAUCGAUCCCAAAUGAGAUUUUCUUGCUUGUUAUGAAUCAGUGUUCCUGAAAGGACGUCUACUGCUGGAGUGUUUAACUGAAUAUUCAUCAAUACUUUCCUAAUGAAACAUAUUGUUGGUAACAUAUUAUCCUUACACCUUUCAUCAUUAAUCCAUUAACAACUUUAGGCUUGAUAGUAUUUAGACAGUUAGUGCUGAGAAUGAUGUAAUUAGUUGUUUAUUAACCUAAUAGGGGUGGUAGAGAACUGCUUUAACUGACCUACUAUAACACUGUAAGUUAUUAUGAGUGGGCAGCACAUACAACAGUCCACUGUGCUGGGGGUUCUUUACUCAGCUUUACUGUUGUGUCUUUUUCACUAACAAAUAACACACUUGUUCUCAAAGGAACAAAAGACAAAGGAAUAAGUUCAGUAAAUGGUGAACAUAUUGUGUGUGGUAAUACUGCUGUUUUGAGAAGGAGUAAAACGCUGGUUAAUGAGAGUAGAAAAUAGCUUCAGUCUGUUUUCAUUUCUUCAUGUUUUAGACUUUAAAUGUCCCCCUGUACUGACAUCACACCCCUGUCCUGACAUCACACCCCUGUACUGACAUCACACCCCUGUACUGACAUCACACCCCUGGAAAGCAACCUCCUUCAUGUCUCAUUGAUAAGAUUUUAUAUGGUUGAUUUCAGCUCCCUUCAUUUUCUGCUCUGUCAUCGUUGUGGUUUCAGGUCUCCUAUUUAACUGGGACAUAUUUUACACACCUUUGAUAUGGUACAAGCUUUUCAAUAAACCAUUAUGAUUCAGUG